AUGAACUACACCACCCCACCCCAAUCCCUAACCUCCUCCCCAUCACCAUCAACCACAACAACAACAAAACCAACCACCCGACCAACGCUCUCCCUGGACCUCAGCAACCUCCCCGCCCUAAGCCAACCAACAACCCCAACCAACACCCUGAUCAUCACCGACCUGAACGACCUCCACCUCUUCGACCCCCCAUCCCUAACCGCCCUCCGCAACACCCUGAACAACCUCGCCCCGCUCAACUCCUUCUCCCCGCUCCCCUCCCUCCGCCGCCUCCUCUGCUCCUUCCACACCGACAGCGACGCCCUCUACAUCCGCAAACUGCUGUCAUCAGCCUCACCCACCGAGAACCCCCUGAAAGCCCACAUAGCCACCCACUCCGUCCGGACGCUCCUCAACCCGAAGGUCUAUUUCGGCGAACCCACGCCGCUCCAAACGGGCCACGACGCCCGCCCCAAACUCCUCGCCGCCCCGCAGGUCGACAAGCUCUUCUUCAUCAGCCCGCCGCCCUCCCCGCCCCACGGCUGGGUCAUGCGCCACGAGGAUCCCCCCAAUAAGGAAGUCCACGCCAGCGAUCUCGCCCAGGCGCUGGCCAAACUCAACACGGAGAUGACCUUCGGGGAAACCACCACCUCCACAGCAGCGCCGGAAACCCCGGUGUCCGCUAUUUCGGACAAGCUGCCGCGCACCGGGAGCUGGCCCGCGACCAUCACCGCGACCACCACCCGCCGCAGCCGCAGUAGUACCCUGAUCUACCACCCCGAAGACCACGGGGGCAGUCCCGGCUUGCCCGCUGUCAUGGUCGAGGAUACGAGUGAGAUCGAAUUAAUGGUGGAUGAUUUGGAUGGGGAUGAGGAUGUCGAGAUGAUGAGCUAUAGUCCCGUCGAGGAUGAGACGGUGGGCAUGUCCGUCAAGCGCAUGCCGCCGAAGACGGCGCGGCCGCCGGUCGAGUUGAUGUGA